AUGUUCCUCCCGAGCACCCUCGUUUUGUCGCUCGCUGCACUUGCGACUGCCAUUCCAGAGGCUGCCGUCAAGAGGCAGAUAUCCCAGCUUCGCGAUCGAUAUGACUUUAUUAUUGCUGGUGGAGGCACCUCCGGUUUGACGGUGGCUGACCGCCUGACAAGAGCCUUUCCAAAGAAAACAGUGUUGGUUGUCGAGUACGGUGUCAUCGAAUAUGCCCCUGGCAUUUUCGACCCGCCGCUGGCAGUCUGGGGUGGCAUUGGUGCCUCGGCCAGCUACUUUGUCGUGCAGUCGCUCCCCGUGCCCGACAUACAAAACAAGACUGCCUUUGUUCUCGCCGGCAAGGUUGUGGGAGGGAGCAGCGCCGUCAACGGCAUGUUCUUCGACCGCCCGUCACGUCACGACUGGGACGCGUGGGUCGCUGUCGCCAGCCCGGAGUUCGAUUCAAGCCAGGACAAGUGGAGCUGGGGUGACGUCUACCCCUUUUACAAAAAGAGUGUUACCUUUACUCCCCCGCCAGCUGCAGCCGUCCAGAAGUACGGAUAUACGUGGGACACGUCCGUCUAUGGCGGGUCUACUCCAAUUUAUUCCAGCUUUCCCCCUUUCCUAUGGGCCGACCUGGUGCCCAUCGCCCGCGGCUCCUGGGAGGAUUUGGGAGUACCCAAGCUCCAAGAGUGUGCUGGCGGCGACAAGGCCGGACUCUGCUGGAUACCCAUCUCGCAGCAUCCAGUUACGGCUCGUCGAUCCCACUCCGGGCUCGGCCACUAUGCCGCCGUCAACGCCACGCGGCCCAACUACGAUCUGCUGGUCAAACACCAGGUUACCCGCGUCGUGUAUCCCAACGGCCCUGCAUCCGGUCCUCCGCUGGUUGAAGUCUUGUCCCUGGACGACAAGACCCUCGCAAACAUUUCGGCCAGAGCGGAGGUCAUCAUUUCGGCGGGCUCCUUUCACACGCCAACAAUCCUGCAGCGGAGCGGAAUUGGGCCGGCGUCCUUCCUCCGAAAGGCCGGCAUCAAUGUGGUUAUCGAUCUACCAGGUGUCGGCUCCAAUUUCCACGAUCAUUCCGGCCCAGGUGUCUUUUGGAAUUACACAAAUCUCGGCAAUCUCUCUCCGCUUCCAUCGGACUUGUCGAACCUGGCCUUCCUCGCCGAUGCCACGGCCGGGUUCGAUGAGACGCCAGCGCGUGGCCCUUACACGCUAGCAGGAUCCAACAGCGCCGUCUUCGUCCCGCUUUCCAACAUCACGGCUGACUACCAGACAAUUGUCAGCCGCAUUAAUGCCAUGGUUGCCGACGGGUCAGCUGCUUCGUAUCUUCCGGCCGACUACCGGGACGAGCCAACCAUGGUCGCAGGCUACAAGAAGCAGCUCGAGGUCAUUGCCAACCAGAUAUUCGCCAAUCCCCAUGCCCCCAGCAUUGAGACGCCCUUUGCCACAGGAAACUCGUUCCGGGCCAUCAACCUCCAUCCACUCAGCCGCGGGACCGUGCGUCUCAACAUCAGCAGUCCUCUUCAAACACCCGUUGUCCACUACGGCACUGGAUCCAACCCAGUCGACUUUGACGUCUACCUCGCCCACACAAAGUACAUCCGCCGAAUGAUUGACACCGAGGCCAUGCGGAAGUACGGGGCCUUUGAAGUGGGACCUGGGCCCGACGUUCAAACCGAUGCGGCGCUCAUCAACUUCAUCAAGGAUCAGAUGACGCUCUCGUACAUGCAUCCGUGUUGCACCUCAGCCAUGCUGCCCAGGCAGAAGGGCGGUGUCGUUGGUGCAGACCUCAGGGUCCAUGGUGCAGCCGGUCUGAGAGUUGUGGACAUGAGCAUCCUCCCGUUCCUCCCCAGUUCGCACCUGAGCUCGACAGCAUACGCUGUUGGAGAGAGGGCUGCAGACAUUAUCAUCAAGCACUGGUACUCAAAGUGUGGAGUGCAUGUGCCUUAA